AUGGCUGCGCCCUUGCAGAAGUGCUGAAGAAGUGCCUCUCCGGAGAAAUUCUCGGGAUUGUGUUUGAUUUCCGCGAAAACCAUCGCACCGAGUCAGCUACCGGGGUCGCUGGUUUGUAGAAGAAGACCAUACGAUCCCAGUCAUCGAUAAGUGUGGCCGUUGCGUCGCGUGGCUGUGGCAGACUGUCCGUGUGAAGAUGGGCCUCGUCUCCAGCCCCUUCCCAUAGCGAAGAGCCGUGGGGAGAGGAGCCGCAGAUUCCCCUGCAAACACGCACCCGUCCAGCUCGGAUUUGACGGGUUUGACAUACUCUACAGGCUGUGGACGCUGCCCUACAACUUUCUGACCAGGAUUGUUUGUGCGACCGUGUCUGUCAUCGUCCGGAGACGAAGACGUUCCCCAGCCCGGGUUGAUCAUCCCACCGCACCAAGGGCCCUGAUGAAAAUGGACUCAGACUUGCUUCAUUCGCCAGCCGUGGGCCUCGCUGAGGAAGAGGAGGCCGACAUGAAUGACUGGAAACUUCCCCUGGCCUUCAUGAAGAAACGGCACUCAGAGAAGAUUGAGGGCUCCAAGGCUUUAGCGCAGAGCUGGAGGAUGAAGGACAGGAUGAAGACUGUGAGUGUAGCGCUGGUGUUGUGUCUCAACGUGGGAGUGGACCCUCCUGAUGUGGUCAAGACCUCCCCCUGUGCCCGACUGGAAUGCUGGAUAGAUCCUCUGUCAAUGAGUCCACAGAAAGCCCUGGAGACCAUUGGGGCCAAUCUGCAGAAGCAAUAUGAAAACUGGCAACCCAGGGCACGUUACAAACAGAGUCUGGACCCCACGGUGGACGAGGUUAAGAAGCUGUGCACGUCGCUGAGACGCAACGCCAAAGAGGAGCGAGUCCUCUUCCACUACAACGGCCAUGGGGUGCCACGGCCCACUGUUAACGGAGAGAUCUGGGUCUUUAAUAAGAACUACACCCAGUACAUCCCGCUGUCCAUCUACGAUCUGCAGACGUGGAUGGGGAGCCCUUCCAUCUUUGUGUAUGACUGCUCCAACGCGGGAAUCAUCGUCAAGUCGUUUAAACAGUUCGCCCUGCAGAGAGAGCAGGAGCUGGAGGUGGCAGCCAUUAACCCCAGCCACCCUCUCGCCCAGAUGCCCCUGCCUCCCUCCAUGAAGAACUGCAUCCAGCUGGCUGCCUGUGAAGCCAGCGAGCUGCUGCCCAUGAACCCCGACCUUCCAGCCGACCUCUUCACCUCCUGCCUCACCACACCCAUCAAGAUCGCCCUCCGAUGGGUUUACAGGGGACAGUCUGAAAGAGAGAAAAUAUCCAGUGAGCGGCAGUUCUCUGGGCAGAAGAAUGCCUUGCUGAUGCAGAGGAGAAUGCAGCAUUUUUGGGAGUCUCGGGGUGGAAAAUUCCACCAGAUCAGACUCCAGAUCCGUUCAGAGGUGAUCAGAUCAAUUGAGAGGAGCAGAGUGAGCGCGGCUGACACACUGCCAUCUGUGUUGUGUUGUGUGUGGUGCAGGAUCCCUGGCAGGCUCAAUGACAGACGCACUCCCCUCGGAGAGCUAAACUGGAUCUUCACAGCCAUCACUGACACCAUUGCCUGGAAUGUGCUGCCUAGAGAUUUGUUCCAGAAGUUGUUUCGUCAGGACCUGUUGGUGGCCAGCUUGUUCCGCAAUUUCCUGUUAGCAGAGAGGAUAAUGAGGUCAUACAACUGCACACCCGUCAGCAGUCCCCGUCUGCCCCCUACAUACAUGCAUGCCAUGUGGCAGGCGUGGGACCUGGCCGUGGACAUCUGCCUCUCUCAGCUGCCUACCAUCAUCGAGGAGGGCACCGCCUUCAGACACAGUCCUUUCUUUGCGGAGCAGCUGACAGCGUUUCAGGUGUGGCUGACGAUGGGCGUGGAGAACAGAAACCCUCCUGAGCAGCUCCCAAUCGUACUGCAGGUCCUCCUUAGCCAGGUGCAUCGGCUACGAGCCCUAGACUUGCUGGGACGGUUUCUGGAUCUGGGUCCCUGGGCUGUCAGUCUGGCCCUGUCAGUGGGAAUCUUUCCGUAUGUGUUAAAGCUGCUCCAGAGCUCAGCCAGAGAGCUGCGGCCUCUGCUGGUUUUCAUCUGGGCUAAAAUCCUCGCUGUGGACAGUUCAUGUCAAGCUGACCUGGUUAAAGACAAUGGACACAAGUACUUCCUGUCAGUGUUGGCUGACAGUUACAUGCCAGCUGAGCAUCGAACCAUGGCUGUCUUCAUAUUGGCCGUUAUCGUCAACAGCUACAACACAGGACAGGAGGCCUGUCUACAGGGCAACCUAAUAGCCAACUGCCUGGAGCAGCUGUCAGACCCUCACCCUCUGCUGCGCCAGUGGGUGGCCAUUUGCCUGGGCCGCAUCUGGCAGAACUUUGACCCGGCGCGCUGGUGUGGAGUUCGAGACAGUGCUCACGAGAAGCUCUACACCCUGCUGUCAGAUCCCAUCCCCGAGGUGAGGUGUGCAGCUGUCUUUGCUCUGGGGACAUUUGUGGGAAACUCUGCCGAGAGGACGGACCACUCCACCACCAUCGACCACAAUGUGGCCAUGAUGCUGGCCCAGCUUAUCAAUGAUGGCAGCCCUGUGGUCCGCAAGGAGCUGGUUGUAGCGCUGAGUCACCUGGUGGUCCAGUAUGAAAGCAACUUCUGUACAGUUGCCCUUCAGUUUAUAGAAGAGGAGAAGAACUACACAGUGCCAUCACCAGCCAACACCGCAGAGCCUGGUAACCUGACUCCAGUGCGGGACAGCCCAGCCAUCCCACGCCUGCGAUCAGUCAACUCCUACACCAACAUCCGAGCUGCCACCACUGCCCGCAACCUGAACAAGAGCCUGCAGAACCUCAACCUCAAUGAAGAGGGUGGACCAGCAGCCUUCUCUCCCGGUAACCUGAGCACCAGCAGCAGCGCCAGCAGUACCCUGGGGAGCCCUGACAAUGACGAGUACAUCCUCUCCUUUGAGACCAUCGAUAAAAUGAGAAGGGUGUCCUCCUAUUCUUCCCUCAACUCUCUUAUAGGUGUGUCCUUCAACAGUGUUUACACUCAGAUCUGGAGAGUGUUGCUCCAUCUCGCUGCAGACCCUUUUCCUGAAGUGUCAGAUCUGGCCAUGAAAGUCCUCAACAGCAUCGCAUACAAGGCAACUAUGAACGCUCGGCCCCAGAGGAUUCUGGACUCUGGAUCACUCACCCAGUCGGCGCCAGCCAGCCCCACUAGCAAGGGCACGCACAUCCACCAGGCUGGCGGCUCUCCUCCCAUGCCCAGCACCAGCAGCUCCAGUCUGACUAACGAGGUGCCCAAACCCCCUGCCAGAGAGCAGCCGGCCACACGACCUCCCUACACCCCAACAUUGGGAGGACAGGCGCCCCACUCCCACCAGUUCCCCCGCACUCGCAAGAUGUUUGACAAGGGACCUGAGCAGGCGGCUGAGGAUGGCGACGAGCCGGGCGGUCACAGGAACUACAUCAGUCCCGCCCUUCAGACAGGCCUGUGUGAUUGGAGCGCCAAGUAUUUCGCUCAGCCUGUCAUGAAGAUCCCAGAGGAGCACGACCUGGAGAGUCAGGUGAGGAUGGAGCGCCAGUGGAGGUUCUUGAGAAACACUCGAGUGAGAAGGCAGAGCCGAAGCAUCACACAAAGGGGUGUUUCCCGUCUCGAUGAUCAAAUAUUCAUCAACCGCAACCCUGGAGUACCAUCUGUUGUGAAAUUCCACCCCUUCAACACAUGCAUCGCUGUGGCCGACAAGGACAGCAUCUGCUUCUGGGACUGGGAGAAGGGUGAGAGGCUGGACUACUUCUACAACGGAAACCCUCGGUACACUCGCAUCACAGCCAUGGAGUACCUGAACGGACAUGACUGCUCAUUACUGCUCACUGCAACAGAUGAUGGAGCGUUACGAAUCUGGAAGAACUUUGCCGACCAGAAGAACCCGGAGAUGGUGACGGCGUGGCAGGGCCUUUCCGACAUGCUGCCCACUACCAGAGGUGCAGGCAUGGUGGUGGACUGGGAACAGGAGACGGGUCUCCUUAUGACAUCUGGAGAUGUCCGAGUCGUCAGGAUCUGGGACACAGACAGGGAGAUGAAAGUCCAGGACAUCCCGACAGGAGCGGACAGCUGUGUGACCAGCCUCUCUUGUGACUCCCAGCGUUCCCUCAUUGUUGCCGGUCUGGGUGACGGAUCUGUACGCGUAUUCGACAGGAGGAUGGGUCCAAAUGAAUGUCGUGUGAUGACCUACAGGGAGCACGGAGCCUGGGUGGUCAAAGCUCAUCUACAGAAGGAGACGGACGGACACAUUAUCAGUGUCAGUGUUAACGGAGACGUUCGAUUCUUUGAACCGCGGACACCAGACUCUAUCAACGUGCUGCAGACAGUGAAGGGGUUAACGGCCCUGGACAUCCACCCACAGGCCAACUUGUUUGCUUGUGGGUCAAUGAACCAGUUCAUAGCAGUCUACAAUGCUAACGGCGAUGUGAUCAGCAACAUAAAGUACUAUGAUGGCUUCAUGGGACAAAGGAUUGGGGCCAUCAGCUGUUUAGCCUUCCAUCCUCACUGGCCCCAUUUGGCAGUAGGCAGCAACGACUACUACAUGUCCAUCUACUCAGCAGAGAAGAGGCUCAGAUAACACACCAGCAUUCAUCAUCACCCCCCCCCCCCCCCCCCCCCCCCCCCCCCCCCCCCCCCAACAAAACCACCACAUAUGACUUCUGACCCUGAGCCUCCAGCUCCAGGAUGUAAAUGACAUUUUUGUUGUACAUAUGCAAUUACCACCCUGAAUGUUCUAGUGAUGGCUGCUGACAAACACUCAUGCUACGAACGACGAUAUAUAUAUUAUUAUUAUUAUUAUUAUUAUCACUGUUUAUUCAUAUUAUUAUGAAGCUAAUGAUUGUAGACUUGGCUGUGCUGAGGAGUGUGUAUAUUUAAAUAGCGUAUACAGAAGAUUAGAGGUUCUAUUUUAAAGAAGUGGUACCCACCGUUCACUGGGGCUCCUCCUCGCCACACAGCGAGCAUCACUACCUGAACGAACUGUGACCACAGCGAACCUAGAGGUGGCGAAGGGGAGGUUUUGGGGGGGAGGGGUCGCCCAAAGGACAACACACACUGUUUAAACACAUUCACUGAUGCAGGAAACACAGACUCGCCCUCUGCUGGAUUCCGCUGUGUGUUUAUGAAUACAUUUGAAAGGCCGUCUCACAGCCGAAGGACGCAGAGUUUUGCUACUUUGCUGCAUCGCUGGGACCCAGGGAUGGAGGACUGUGCUCAUUCUGGCCUGACACAUCGACCAGGCAGACAUGAUGAGUGUUUGUUUGUGUGUGUGUGCGUGUGUGCGUGUGUGUGUUAAAGUGGAUUAUAGCACAGAUGUGCCCCACAGUGGGCCUUCAUAGCCUUGGACUUAAUUGAUGCCGAAAAAAGAUGCCUGCUCCCAUGAUCCUUGCUUCCCUGACCCCAGCGUGCCAAACAUAAUCAUAUUUUCCAUGCAAGCCCCUUUGUUGUGACUCAGGGGGGUGUUUUUGUUGGUUUAUUUGUUUUUUAACCUAUCGCCUGUAAAAAGGGAAACCCUCCAUUGCCCUGAGGAUGAUACAUACCUUAUAUUUAGCACAGUGAGGAGAUUGGUAGAUUGGUAAAAGCUUAGCACCCAGACCUCCAGGGAGCCUGCAGUACCUGCCCACCCCUCCUGGAAAGCAAUAAAACCCCAACAUGAUUCAGCCUCAAGCUCCUCCCCUGACGUUUCUGAGUUAAGAGCGCACUGAAGAAAAGAAAAUAGUGCUUCAGUUUGAAGGUGAAAGCAGCAUCAAUAGCUUCAGACUGCUGUAUUUGCCCAGAAUCUGACCUACAGCGUCCAAAGGUGUCACAGUAUAGCAAUACAAAUACCCAUUUCCAGUUUUUCUUUUUAUUCACUUGGAGUACUGGAUUUUUAACUCGUAUACUCACACUAGCGACAGGAAAGAUAUCAAUGAAAUUGAUUUUCCUGUGAUUGACUUAACUUUCUGCUUAUCAAUAUGUCCAAAUCUUCACCCUGUGGAAGCAAAAGAUAUUGAAAGUCCUGCAAAGUCCUGCAAAUGCUUUUUUUUUUUUUUUUUUUUUUGCCUGCUUUAGACGAGUGCACUGGUCCCAAAAAACCUGCCGUUUGUUGAUUUUGGCCCUUGUGUGCCACUCCAUCUUUUUUCUGGCUGUGUAAAUUGAAGUUGACCCUGGUUGCUUAUCUAACCACAGUGAGGGCAGCUUUCUUAUUUCCAAACAGUCAAGACAAGCUUUGAGCACACAGCACAGCAGGUUUAGAGAACUUUGAGGUUAAGUGACUCAUCACACCAGGGAUCACCUGCCUGCCUCACUGUUUGGACCAUCUUUCUUUUUGAUAAAACCUCCUGUGAGCUUUCUUUUUUCCCUGUCUUUGAGUUUUGAUUUUACUGCCAGGCUUAUUUGGUUUGAUUUUGUUUAGCAACAUUUGAGGCAUAACAUGAGUUGCAUGUUAGUCGGUGGCACUGGAGCUGUGACACUCUCUCUAACUGUGUACCUGUAUGUGCUCACCGUGUCAAGUUUUAGUCUGUGUCCUAAAUCUCGCUCAGGUACGUAAUGAGCCACCUCAAACCAAUGUCAAGCAACUGCCAGCCUCCCCAGUGUCUGCAGCAUGAUGGACAAGUGUGGUCAGUCAUAUGACCGGAUGUGUUGUCGCUCCAGAGAUCAUGGACAUUGUUGAUGUAAAUGUCAGUGUGUUACAGUUAAGAAGGUGGGCUCAGAUUAUUAUUUUUUUGUUUGUUUUGGUGCAGUAUCACCAUCAAUGUGCCUCUUCUCUGGGGCUGCUGCUUUGC